AUGACCGUCGACAUCCAUCCAGCCACCUCACUCGACGAUACCCGACCCGCCAAGACUGUCAAGCUCACCCACACUCCCCUCGCCACCAUGACCGUCCCUUCGUCCUCGUCCACCGCUCUGCGCCUGCUGGUGCAGCGCCACCCCGCACACCCGCUCGCCAAGCUGCCCACACGCGGAUCCGCGCUUGCUGCAGGCUACGACCUGUACUCUGCCGAGAAAAUCGUGCUCCCACGAGGGGGCCGUAAGGUCGUCCAGACGGGCAUCUGUCUCGCCAUCCCCACGGGCCACUACGGCCGUGUCGCCCCGCGUUCCGGACUCGCGAGCAAGCAUGGUAUCGACACGGGCGCCGGUGUGAUCGACGAGGACUAUCGCGGACUGCUCGGCGUGCUGCUGUUCAACUUUGGUGAUUCUGAUUUUACUAUCAAUGAAGGCGACCGAAUCGCCCAGCUGAUCAUUGAGAAAAUCUCGACUCCGGAAGUGCAGGAGGUCGAGAGCCUCGAUGAGACGUUGAGAGGCGCAGGAGGUUUCGGCUCCACCGGCGGGUUCGGUGCCGCUGCUUCUGCUGCCGAUGCUUCGGCUGCCGCUGUCGCUGCUGACUUGCCGGCCGAGGUCAACACCACUUCCUCCUGA